GACCAACGAACACAUCGUGAACCUCACUUCUUCGAACCACAAAAAGAGCUCUGGUACGAUAUCCUAAGCGGCAUGUUGGUUCCUUCAACUCCCUGCGUACGAUGGAAGCCAAGGAAUGGCGAUAUGCUGGAGAAGGCGGCAAGCACGCCUUGUUUUCCCAUUGUUCGGACAAAGAUCGCUCGGAUUGGAAUGGUCGGCUCCUUCGUCUUGACAAGAAAUAUCUGAGGCUAGCUGCUGCAACCUGGAAAGAAGAUGGGCUACCCGGCAACUCACAAUUGACAGAGGGCAGUUUCACAACCAAACAGACGCUACUACAAAGCGAUUUGUUCUUUCUGCAGCACAUCAUAAAGCGUCAGUUUGACCGUUACUUGGACCUUCCCGAGUCGAUUUCUUUGCCAUGGAAAUUUGUCAAGGAAUUGAGAGACCAGACUUUGUCGACACAACCUUGUCCUAUUCCAGAGGCUCGCAGGAAGGAUUGGCUUUGUCACCACACCAAAAAACAUGGACAAUCUGCAGCCAAGGAAGGCACUCCUAUUGGGUGUCUGAUUCCGGAUUAUUGCCGUCCAAAGCAGCCAAGUAUGCCUUUUAUCAGCGUGGAAAUCAAACCCAAGGCAGGCUAUUUGGCAUCCUCUCCGUUGGUUGACCCAAGGCACACGGCCAAGUUUUAUCGUUCGCGCUUUGUCCUGUUGCAGACGUUGGAUCGUCUUGGAUACAGUGAUCAGGUGCCACGGGGAUGGAAGCAGGAAUCCGGCGCCGUCAGCAAGGAAGAAAAGUAUUCCUCCUACAACCCACUGGAUUUGUUUUCCUGUGAUCUUUCGAGAAUCCAACGUGCUUUCGAGGCCCUCUGGGAUACUCCACAGAACAACUUCAAGUUGUGGGGGUGUAAUCCCUGGCAUCAACAGAACCCAGUAUUAGUUGUAGCUGACCAACACUAUCGCCAAACUGAGCCUGACGCGACAACAAGCAGUCACCAAGCUCUCUGGCAAGACUUGUUUGGUUUCGCUUCAUCUGCUGCAGGUGAUGACGACGACAUUGACAUGUGCGUAGUGAAACCAAUGCUCGUGGAUAUGUUAUCCUCGAUCUUGCAUGCGGAAAGCUCGUUUGUGGAGAAGUUGCAGCAGUGGCAGCUUUUGGAUCUUUUGGAUGCAGACGGAGCUAUAUUGGUCUACGACAGGCUGGUGGAACUUUGUCAGGGUUCACAUCCAGAAGCUCAGGAACUUUUGGAUGCGCUAUCAAUCGAUGCGGUUGCCCAAGCAGGUGGCACAGCGAAGACGAGGGAAGAGGUGCUCCGAGGUUCACCCAUACUUCUUAUACCAUCCACUGGUGCUGGCCCCGCCUUUUCAACCCUCUGCAACGAAAUUCGCCGCUUUUCCGAUGCGCUUCGACGAAUUCAAGAGGAAGCAGGUGCACCUAACAAUGACGACAAGCUGUUGGAAUUUUUACAAAAAGAGCAUCCAAGGUCUCGUGCAAUUUGUUUGAAACUGAUUUCUCAGAUGGAAUCCAAAGAGGCAUGUUGCUAUUUGCUUCAGAAUUGGUUGCUGUCACUGGUUGUGUGCGAUGUGAGCUUCUUUGUGACACUGCAACGAAUGCCCCCAAAAGGAAGAACGCCUGGCAGCAGCAAAGGCGAGAAGGUAUGCAUUGUGCAAAAGCAAUCGGAAUCGUCACCUGGAAUUUUGGAGGUGUGCAUGCCACUCAGCAGCAACCAACGGACCGACAAUGAUGUGGGCGGUCUCGUACUAGUAGCUUUGUUCCAAUAUGAGGUCAAGCUGAUUGACUGCGACCAGAAGCCGUCCAAAAAGCUGCAAUCUCGCGGGCAAAAGGAGAGGGUGUUUCAACACUUGCAAGGGAGCGAGUGGGAAAAUUGGGUUAACUAAAGAUGGCUAAAACAAUAGGGUAACGGGAGUAACUCAAUCUGCAAGUGCCGUUGCGUUG